CCAUCAUGUCGUCCUUCUUUGGCCUAGGAAAGACUCGGACGUUCAAACCACGGAAAGAUGUGCCAGAAGGAACCAAGCAGUACCAGCUGAGGAAGUAUGCAGAGGCGACACUGGGAUCUGGUAACCUCCGAUUAGCAGUCCAACUACCUGAAGGCGAGGAUCAGAACGAAUGGCUGGCAGUUCACACUGUCGACUUCUUCAAUCACCUCAACAUGCUUUACGGAACCGUGACAGAAUUCUGCACCCCUCAGGAAUGCCCCGUGAUGUCAGCUGGACCAAGAUAUGAAUACCUAUGGGAGGAUGGCGUCAGAUUCAAACGUCCGACCAAGCUCCCAGCCCCUGAAUACGUGGACGCGCUCAUGAACUGGGCGCAGAACCUGCUGGAUGAUGAAAACGUCUUCCCCAAUAAGAUCGGUGUUCCCUUCCCAAGGAACUUCCGAGAUACCGUUAGAACUAUCGUCCGCCGUUUGUUCCGAGUGUACGCUCACAUCUAUAGCAAUCAUUUCGACCAAAUAUGUGCACUUGGAAUCGAGGCUCACCUGAACACAAGCUACCGGCACUUUUUCUUGUUCGUACAUGAAUUUGAUCUCGUUGACAAGAAAGAAUUGGCACCCUUGGAAGAGCUGAAUGACGCCAUCUUGGCAGAGGACAAGGGUCGUUAGAUUGUCUUUUCGGUUGAUCGGGGAGCCUUUCGCUGGUUCGCCGUUGUAUAAUAGCACCUAACUCUUGCACCUCGUCGCUUCUCGCUACUUGUGAUUGUAUGUAUACUUUUUGAACCACCCAUGGAGCAACGGAGUCGUCACCUUUCA